GCGCAGGACCACAGCGACGGACAACCGCGUGUCCACAUAGCGAAGCCCAAAAUGCCUCCCCGGCUUUCCGGGGUCGUGAGAUGUGGCAGUAGCCAAGGCCAUUCAGAUAAUGGAGUUCAUUUCUACCCGCGGUGCUGGCUGCCUAGAUCGAUGUGCCUGAUGCGGAGACUGCCAGGUGAACGACCGUGCCAGUUUCGAAUCUGAAAGCAUAUAUAUCGAUAUAUUUGCAAGGAUUUUAUUCAAGGGUGAAGACUUGCUUUCAACCGACCGUCGACAGUUUUCUUCUUUUCCUCGUGUUUCCCAACAAGUUUUGUGUUGGACUACCGAUUGUGCUGUCGCUAUGGCUGUGAAAAUCCCAGGGGCGCCUCCAUUGAGGCUGCAUUCGCCUUACUGGCAAAAUGUCAUCAUCGGCAUCCUCGUCGGUCUCACGGCUGGGCUCUAUGUUGCCCUCAACCUGCUGGGAGCAGGAGGAGGCCGACCAAACUCUGCAAGCACCGUACAAGUGGUCAAUGCGACUCUCUGUACGGUUUGGUUUUUCUCUGCAUCCUUUGGAGGCUCUGUCCUGAACAAGAUUGGACCUGCGAUCACGGCCUCUUUGGGGGUUUUGGGUUAUGUUAUUUAUGUUGGUUCGCUCUGGUAUUUCGACCAGACUGGGAAGGAAGGGUUCCCCAUCUUUGCAGGAGUUUGUAUUGGUAUAUCUGCCGGCCUCAUAUUCGUGACCAUGGGUUACAUCGCCAUGUCUUAUUCUGAAGAGCAGGAUCGUGGAAAGUUCAUCACCAUGUCAAUCAAUCUGCAGGCUGUGGGUGCGGUUGUUGGAGGCAUUAUACCUCUUAUCAUCAACAAAGACUCGACAGAGGCAGCUGGUGUCCCUGCCCCCGUAUACAUCGUUUUCAUCGUCAUGAUGGGUUUAGGAAUGAUAGGCGCGUUUGCGCUAAUGCCACCAUCUAAGAUCACUCGCGAUGAUGGGACUCAAGUGGGCUUGGUUCAGGCUCGCACUUUUGUCGAAGAGCUAAAGUCAAACCUGGAAAUCUUCAAGGACUGGAAGCUGCUGAUUAUGGUCCCUGGAUUCCUUCCAGCAGAAUGUUUCCUGGUCUAUGGUGGCUCCGUCAACGCAUAUCACAACAAUCUCCGGACCAGGUGUUUGCUGUCCUUCCUCGCCGUCGUCAUCCAGAUCCCAGCUGGAUGGGCUCUCCAGGCAAUCCUUGAUCACAAAAAAUGGAAGCGACAAACUCGAGCAUUUAUUGGCCUUGCAGUCGUCGGAAUCCCUCUGAUUGGAGCGUGGGUGUGGGAAAUCAUCCGCGUCCGUCACUAUGAUCGUUCCAACCCUCCGGCCAGACCGAUGGAUUGGACCGACGAUGGAUUCGUUGCAAUCUUCUUCCUCUUCAUUAUGAAUUGGGUCUUCAGCUCCCUGUGGCAGUAUAUCAUUCUAUACUUCCUCGGGACGCUGACCAACUCGCCUCGCAAGUCCGCCAACUAUGCCGGCGUGUUCCGAGGCUUCCUGGGUGCAGGAGAAGCCAUUUGUUUCGGGGUUGACUCGACCGAGGUCCCAUACAUGAAGGAGGCCGCCGUCAUCUUCGCAUUUUAUACCGCCGGCGUCCUCAUAUUUGCCUAUCUUGCCCUCUACCACAUCCGCGAGACAGAGUAUUUCAAUGGUGAAGAUGAUGUUGUCAUCCCGAAGCACGUUUUGGAGGAACACCCCGAAGCUGUCACGGUGGAGGGAAAACAGUCGGUUGAAGACCAGACGGUGACAAUUGGCAGCGAAAAGGCUUGAAAUAGCCACCAUCCGGUAUCUUAGCUAUAGUAUAUCACGCAGUCAUGCGUACAAUUAGACCGUACUAGUAGCCGUUGGGGGUGAUGAGCAGGUUGGCACAUUGUGGAAUACACAGGCAACGUUUGUGGAAAA